CUUUCCCUCGGUGGUGGAUACUUUAAUUUUGUUUUCAUAAGAAACUAUUCGAUUCUUCCUCUAAGAUGGUGUUCUUCUCGAUUCCGAACGAGAAGACCAUAUCGAUCAACGUGAACCCUAAUUCAACCACAAUCUCUGCCUUCUCACAAUUGAUCCACCAACGCACUCAUCUUCCUCAAUCCCUCAUUCGUUACUCCCUCUCUCUCCGUAACCCUAACCUCCGUGACGAUUCCGAUGUUACCUUAUCGGAUCUUGGAUUCGGUUCUUCCUCCACGGUAUAUCUCCACAUCCCUCUACUCGGCGGCGGAGCAAGAUUCGAUCUCCUCGACUCAAACCCUCCGGCGAACUACGUCGCAGGUUUGGGCCGUGGAGCUACCGGAUUCACAACCCGAUCCGAUAUCGGAUCUGCUCGUAUUGCACCAGGGAAGUCGAUAAACGAAGCUGAAGAGGAGGAGAAUCAGAAUCAGAAUCAGAAUCAUCACACGUUUGAUGAAUUCGAAGGGAACGACGCCGGAUUGUUCGCGGAUUCCGUAUACGACGAGGAGGACAAGGAAGCUGAUGCGAUAUGGGAAGCUAUUGAUAAGAGAAUGGAUUCGAGAAGGAAAGAUGUUAAAGAAGCAAAAAUUAAAGAUGAAAUCGAGAAUUACAGAGCUUCGUAUCCGAAAAUCUGCGAGCAGUUUUCGGAUUUGAAGAGGAAGCUAGAUAAUGUUUCUGCUGAAGAAUGGGAUAGUAUCCCCGAAACUGCGAAUUACUCGCGUCAGAAGAAGAAGAAGAGGUUCGAGAGCUUUGUGCCUGUUCCUGAUUCGGUUAUUUUGGAUAAGUCAUUAGAUUUGACUGCUGUAGGUGAAGGGAGAGGCACAUUGCUGUCUUUGAAGCUUGAUGAGUGUUCUCAUUCGUUUUCGGGGAAAGCCUCUGUUGAUCCGAAAGGAUACUUGACGGAGUUGAAGACUCUUGAAGCGGAGGUUCCUGAUGUGUUUCAUGUCAAUAGAAGUAGAGUUUUGUUAAAGAGUGUAACAAUGUCGAACCCGAAGAAUCCUAACGGUUGGAUUGCUGCUGCUAGGCUGGAAGAGAGAGCGGGGAAUUUGAAAGUCGCCAGGGUUCGGAUUCAGAGAGGAUGUGAAGAGUGUCCGAAGGAGGAGGAUGUUUGGAUUGAAGCUUGUAGAUUGGCUAAGCCAGAGGAGAAGAAAGCGGUGAUUGCGAGAGGAGUUAAGCAGAUACCGAACUCUGUGAAGCUAUGGUUGGAGGCUUCGGCGCUGGAGGAUGAUGCGAGGAAGAGUUUAGUGUUGCGGAGAGGUUUGGAGAAUGUUCCGGAUUCGGUUAGGUUAUGGAAGACUUUUGUUGAUAUGGUUAAUGAAGAAGAUGCGGUUGUUUUGCUUCACAGAGCUGUGGAGUGUUGUCCUUUGGAUGUAGAGCUAUGGUUAGCGCUUGCGAGGCUUGAAACGUAUGAGAAUACGAAGAAACUGUUGAAUAAAGCGAGGGUAACGCUUCCUAGAGAGCGCGGGAUUUGGAUUACUGCAGCUAAGGUGGAGGAAGCUAAUGGGAACACCGAUAAAGUGGGAACGAUUAUUGAGAAAGGCUUGAAAGCUUUGCAGAGUGAAGGGGUUGUUAUUAACCGGGAAAGGUGGAUAGAAGAAGCUGAGGCCUGUGAGAGAACCGGAGCUGUUGCGACGUGCAAGGCGAUUAUUGAGAAUGUUAUUGGUUUUAACGUUGAGGAACAAGAUAGGAAGAGAACUUGGGUUGCUGAUGCAGAGGAAUGUGAGAAGAGAAGUUCUAUAGAGACCGCAAGAGCGAUUUACGCGCAUGCUCUUACUGUUUUCUUGAGUAAGAAGAGUAUUUGGAUUCAAGCGGCAAAUCUUGAGAGAAGCCAUGGGAGUAGAGAGUCUCUUGACGCAGUGUUGCGUAAAGCUGUGUUGUACUUGCCUCAAGUUGAGGCUCUUUGGCUAAUGGGUGCUAAAGAGAAGUGGCUAGCUGGAGAUGUUUCCGGGGCUCGGGUUAUUUUAGAAGAAGCCAAUGCCGCGAUUCCAAACUCUGAGGAAAUCUGGCUCGCUGCUUUCAAGCUUGAGUUUGAGAAUAAAGAAAUGGAAAGAGCGAGGAUGGUUCCGGGGAAAGCAAGAGAGAGAGGAGGAACCGGGAGAGUAUGGAUGAAAUCAGCGGUUUUCGAGAGGGAACUAGGAAACGUCGAAGAAGAGAGACGAUUGCUCGAAGAAGGCGUGAAGCGGUUCCCGAAGUUCUUUAAGCUUUGGUUAAUGCUUGGACAGCUCGAAGAAAGGCUUAACCAUCUAGUACAAGCCAAGAGAGUUUAUUCGUCUGGUUUGAAUCAUUGUCCUCAGUGUAUACCAUUGUGUCUCUCACUAGCUGAUCUUGUAGAGAAGAAACUGAACGGACUCAAUAAAGCUAGAGUCAUUCUCACAAACGCUAGAAAAAGGUGUCCGAAAGAAGACGAGCUUUGGUUAGCCGCGAUUCGUAUUGAACUAAGACAUGGAAACAAGAAAGAAGCAGAGAGGUUAAUGUCAAAGGCACUUCAAGAGCUUCCCAAAAGUGGUAUCCUCUUAGCUGCUGAUAUCGAAAUGGCGCCGCAGUGUCCUCUCCCGAAGAUGAAGAUCAAGGAUGCGUUAAAGAAGAAUUGUGUUAAAGAAGGGUAUGUUACUGCAUCGGUUGCUAAAAUUUUUUGGAGAGAAAGGAAAGUGGAUAAAGCUAGAAAAUAUUUUGAACGUACCGUGAAACUUAACCCGGAUAACGGAGAUUUUUGGGCGUUGUAUUACAAAUUCGAGGUUCAACAUGGCUCCGAGGAAAGGCAAAAGGAGGUUUUGAACAGAUGUGUGGUCUCUGAGCCAAAGCAUGGUGAGAAAUGGCAAGCUGUUUCCAAAGCUUUGGAGAAUUCACACCAAAGUGUUGAAGUUAUCUUGAAGAAAGUUGCUAUUGCAUUGAACAGGGAAGGCCAUAUAUUAACUUAAACUACUCCAAGCUUUUUUCUUUCUUCUCCAAUUUGAUGAUUAAAGCCCUUACUUGUUGUGUACUCUUUGCAGGCUUUUAUCAGGUUUUUAAACUCAGUGAUGUUUUGCAGGCUUUAUCAGGUUUUUAUUUUUAUUUUAUUUUUGAAUAAAUAUUCAACUUAUUUUGAUUAACAUUGAAUUUGCCUGUAUAAGUUCAACUAUGUCAUUCGUUUUAUAUGAUUCUGAAUUCACUA